AUAAGAUAUUUUCUCAUUAUUUCGAGAAAACAGAGUUUGUUUUAGUGAGAUAUUAUCUCGAUAUCUCCAGAAGACGAACUUUGUUUUUUGUUUUGUUUUUUAAAACUUUAUUGAAUGAACAUCAGAAGAAGGAGUGGCGGGUGGAUGAUGUGACAGAUAGCCUGAGUUUGUUUAGUCUCUGCUGAAGCUGUUUCAUGUGGCCGCUUCGCCUCGCUGACAUGUGAUUUAAAGGCAGCUUCUCUUGUGGCAGGUUUGAUUCUGUGGUUGAAGUGAAACAGAUGAGAAGUGAGACUGGUCUGAAAUCGUCCAGCAAAACAUCAUCAGCAGGCUGAAACAUGUGCGAUGGAGACUUUGACAUCAUAACCUCCCAGCAAAUGUUUCUGCACACAGAUAAACAUCUGCUCAAGGCUCACAGCUCAAGCAAAAUGUAAGAUUUUCAUUGCAGAACAGUGAUUUUUUGUUUUGUUGUGUUUGCAGAACUAAGCACUGAGCUUUAUGACUUCCUGUGUUCAUGAGGAUGCGGUCAACUGCUGCCUCACACCUGACAGAGACGAAGACACAGGAUGGAGAUCACAUCGAUCUGCGCCAUUCUCUCCACUCUGAGCAUCACUCCCAACAGCUCUCAGUUCUUCCGGUAUGCCGACAUCUCUCUGAGAUGUGUGGCGCCGACAGGCUCCGGCGACUGGACGGUGAAGAGAAACUCCUCCUUUGGGAUAUCUGAGAAAUGCCAGUAUGGCUGGGGGAUCCCGGGUGAGUCCUCCUGCACCAUUGAGGACGCCUUCCCAUCAGACACCGGGGUGUACUGGUGUGAGUCUGAACAGGGGCACUGCAGCAACACCGUCUGGAUCACAGUGACCGAUGAUGUGAUCCUGGAGAGUCCAGCACUUCCUGUGACAGCGGGAGAUAACGUGACUCUUCGCUGUUCCUCCAAGGAGGAGGACCAACAUGAGUCCACUUCAGAUUUCUCUGCUGCGUUCUUCAAAGAUAAUGUUUUCAUCGGCACUGAGCCUGCAGGACAGAUGGUCCUCCCAGCGGUGUCCACGUCUGACGAGGGCUUCUACAAGUGUGAACACCCCCACAGAGGAGCGUCACCGGGGAGCUGGCUGGCUGUGAGAGUCAGAGCUCAGCCUAUGAGUGUCCCCACGGCUCCUCCUGCUCCUCCUCCUCUCAUGUCCCUGCCCAAGCUGGUAUGCUCCAUCCUGCUCUUCAUCCUCUACUCGGCCAUACUGGUAGUGUGCGUAUACAUGUACCGAAGGUGGAGACAAGCUCGAGCUCAAGCAAAGAGGACGGCGUCCGAUCAUCUCGCACUGGAACGAUGAAGAAGAGGACAGGAAGCAGCGUCUGCCUGUUUACAUGCUGAUCAAUGAUUGCUAUUUAUCCUCUUUUUAACGUGUCAUAGCUGCUGUAUGCGAUGCUUACAUGAAACAUGUUGACAUGGUUCAUUUCAUAUUUAGCCUGCGUGCGCUGCAGCGUCCUGUUUACUGCUGAAUGUGCUUCAUGUUUAACCUGAUGGAAAAUAUAAGCUUGAUCUUAAAGCGUCUGUUGUACAGUCUUCUGAGGACCGUGCACAUCUGAACGACUGUCUAAAAACGAUAUUAAAUGAUCAUUUAGCAUUUAGGCCUGAAAGGUAAAUAUGAUAAUAUUAUCUGUAUCAUUAUGUGUCACAUUACAGGAGUUUGGAGAUGAAUUGCUCACACACACACAGAUUUUCCUACAUUUUUAUGAAUAAUUCUUACUUCCUUCAACAGCAUCUAACCUUUUAUAAAACAAACUGGACUGAUUUGACACGUUCAUUCAUUCAUUCAUUCGCAAUGCAAUACUGAUGCACAGCCAGCAGAUGUCGCCAUCUCAACGGUUUGAAACACUUAAAAUGACUGCAUAAAGCAAUAAUGAAAAUUUUUGGACGCACAAUAUUAUAUAUUUACUGUGUUUAUAUAUUUUCUUCUAGUGUGCCAUAGUAUUAACAGUGUAUUUAUUAUCCAUUUAUCUGAAGGCAACAUAUAUUUUUUUGUACUCUUGUGGCAGAAGUAUUCACACACACAGCUGAUUUUCUAUUUUUUUAUUCUGUAUCCAUUUUUUGUUGACUAUUUUGAGCCUCCUAUGUCUCUCUUUUAUUGUUUGCAGCAUGUAACAGUUUAAUUUCCCCGGUGUGGGAUUAAUAAAGUCUUAUCUUAU